CUGACUUUGUGUGGUGGCCAAUUUCCAGCUCACAGCACGUCACUUCGUUCAAGUAUAAAUUGACGAGGUGUCCCAGAAGGGGUACUUAUUAUCAAAAUGAAAAUCCUUGUGAUAUUCGCCUGCUUUUCCGUUGUAUACGCUCAGAAAGAGCAUGGGAAGAUAAUGAAGGAGUGCAUGGAAGAGUCAGGUGUUAAUAAGGAUUUACUCCAUUACACUUUUAAAACUAGAAACGUGACCAAGGAUGACAAUUUGAUAGCGUUUUUCACGUGCACGAUGGUAAAAUACGGAUCUUUAAAUAACCAGACGUGCCAAGUUAAUUUGACGGGGAUUAAAGACAUGUGCACGAAAAUGCAAUUGGGCGAUUGUUCAUUUGUAGAUACUUGCGAGAAGAAACAAGGCGCUGACUGUAAAGAAACCGUCUUUUUAGUAAACCAAUGCGUGCUUCCUCACCUACCUGGAAAUGGUUCGGAGAAUGUGAUCGAGGCAUGCAAAAAUCAAUCGAAAGUGGGUGCUGAUUUGAUCAUGAAACUGCACAAGGAGGGCAUCGUUUCGGACGAUCCAAGCAUGGUAAAGUUCUUGGGUUGCGUCACCGAUAGAUUCGGCUGUUUCGAUGAGAGCGGAAGCAUCAGUUUGAAAUACCUUAGGGGGAUCUGUGCGUGGAAAAAAUGUGCGGACUGCUCAUUCAUAGAUGAAUGCGAAAAGAAAAAAGGUGGAAGUAAAGACGAAACCGCAUUCCUUGCCUUGUCGUGCGCCUAUCCACAGAUGUGUAAAGCGAAAGAAGAGUAAAUAUUGAGGCCACAAGCACUAUUCUGACAGAAAGGAAUCUUUUUGCAGGUUUCUGACGCUUUGAAUCUUGAAAAUGUUGUUUACAAGAGAAGUACACUAUUAAAAGUA